UAGCAGCGGUACAUGCCUUCAGAAGAACUUUGAGAUUUCAAUGAAGAAAUUUGCCGUACUUCUUUUACUGUUGGUCACGUGGUACAUGCUGCAUGAUGCUUCCGGUGGUUGGAGAAGGCGAAGGCGAAUAAGACGAAUAAGUGUCGGGAGAGUAAUCUGUAGGUUGUCGUGUAAGUGGAUAUGUAAAAAGGCAUGUCCAAUCUGUGCACCAGUGUGCAGCCAUCCCUGCAAAAAGAUAUGUGGAAAAAAGAGGGACAUAACGCCCCACUCACCAUUGCCUUGUGAGUUCAGUUUGUGGGACAGUGACCGCAACAACUCCGUGGACUUUGGGGAGUUCUCUGCGCUCGUCAAAGCAAUUGCGCGAGGAAAAGAUAUCCGUCUUGCUUUCGAAUCGACAGAUAAUGAUGGAAACAGUGUUCUAUCAAGAGACGAGCUUGCUGGGGCUACUUUCAUGCGUGGUCAGUGCUGAAAUGAGAAAAGUCGAUGAAUAAAAUUUUCAGCAAUA